AACUCAUAGCUGUCGCGGCGCCAGCAACGUCCCCUUUCCUGAUAUCUCGGCAAGUACCAGUAGAAUCGGUUCGCCAUCGUAGUGAACUUGUUAGGAUUUGCUAUCAUCUACUAUGGGCUGUCGGCUAUGUCUAGCCGUGUUCCUUCACGUACCUACUCCCUCCAUCCCAUGGUCCGAUAGCACGCCCACUAGCCAGACCAAAAUAUGGCAUUGCCGCCAUUGUUGCCCAAUAUCAGACCGUCUGUUGACUGUCCCAAAGCUGAAAUCGUCACAACCUGCCGACUUGCCCAGAACGCCGCCUCCCACCCGGCCUACUUUUGAGCAGGCGGUCGAGGUCCCGGAAGAGCAAUGUCGUAGGCCUUGCCAUCCAGCUCAUGACUUGCGCGGCCGUAUUCCCCUCGUUAUCGUCGCCAGUGUAGGCGAAGCACACAAACACCCAAUACGCAUUAACUCCAUCCCCAAUACUGUACAUAAAUCGCGAGUUCCGUAUACUGUGCUUUACAAUUCUUUUGUUCGACUGUGGCGCUGCUACCGUCAUCUCGGAUCGCGAUUAGAUUAACACCCCUGUGGUGGCUCGGGUAUAUCGAUCGCUGGGAGAUCUGCGUGAGCCACCACAGUCGUAGCUUUCCUGUUCCUGUACCGGUGCCGCACCAACCGAAUGUAGAUGCCAGAAUCGGCUCG